AUGUGUUCACACGAUGCAGCGGGCGCAGGGCUCGACAUAUCCGGGCACCAGCGAGCCACUGGACAUGUCAAAUCUGACCAAAAUUUGAUCAGUGCACCCUCGGUUGUCUACAAAGAUUUCUGGCAGUGGAAGGCUUUUAUUCUCUCUCUUCGACCUUGUGGACUUAGCGUCCUUCGGGCGUAUUUGUUGAAUACGCUGACUGUCGUCCCGCUGGCUGCAUCUCAAAGAGCUGUACUGUUCUUCAAACUACAAAUCCAAAAGCGAACCGCAUUCAGGCUUGAUAUCUCCAGUAGACUAGCUGGUACACUGGCAAUGCGGUAUUUGGGGAUUUCCACGGCGAGUUCCCUCCACUCUCACGCUCAAGACAGCCGAACGAACCGCACCGGAGGGAUGUGUGAUGGCGUGCAUCACGGCGAAACAUACACCAGCAAUAAAGUUGUCCAACGAAUACAAAAGAACCGCAUUAAGGAGAGGGGUUGGGCAGAGCAGCCACUUGACACCCGUGGGUUGAUUCCGGUGACACUGCCGGCAGCAUUUCUCGGUUCUUGUUCCCAAUGUUUCUUUUCCUAUUCCUUGAUACGGUAG